GAGCCACAUCAACAAAAAAGUACGAAAAUUUAUGGGAGUAUACGAGGAAUGCUCCCGGUCCCGGAGGAGCGGCAUGAACGACGCCGAUGUUCUCCGGCUUGCCACGACCCGGUAUCAAGACGACGGGAACCAAGGCAAGGUGCCCAUCGAUCUUUGGGGGAUUUUGAGUCGUUCCCCGAAGUGGCAACAACUCAACAAUCCCGACGGCGUAUCAUUCCGGAAAAGAUCCACCGUCGACGCCGAGGUUGAGGUCGACGAGACCAUCGGUUCUACCGAUCAAAUCCCUUCCUUCAACGUUGCGGUUUCCGAUGACGAGGACCCCAUUCCACGGCCGAUCGGAAGAAAGAAGGCAAAAUCCAUUGCCUCUGGUUCGGGAGGGUCCGCCUCUAUUUCUGCUUCUCCCCGCGACGAAAUCGGCCGGGCAAUGGUUGAACAACUUCGGGCGUUCAAUCUCCAAGAACAAGAGAGGAUGAAGCUUAAAGAGAAGAAGUUGAAGCUAAAGAAGCAGGAGGCCGAGAUAAAAGUCAUGCAAACCGACCCCGCAACGUUGUCGGAGUUUGGCGAAUUAUCUACGAGCAAAGAAUGAGAGAGAUCAAGGAGAAAUAUAAUUUUCCUUAGUUUUUUUAUUAAUGUAUCUUUUUUUUAAAUUAUUGUCGCUUUUUUUAUUUAAUUAAUGUGUUUUUUAUUAUUCGUGUUUCAAUUUAAUUAAAUAAAAAAUUAAUUACAUUUUAUUAAUUUAAUUUUAGAAGAUGUAUAUUUAAAAAUGUAAAAAAUGAAGGUUUGAAGCCCAG